AUGCGGCGAUCUAUACUAUAUUUACUGUGCUGUUUCCUACUCACAGCAUCAGGCACGAGACCCAAUGUCCUAGAUCACUCAUUUGUCGCUUCAAGUCACACGCUUCUUCCGAAAGACCCAAUUGUCCCAGGCCAUCCUUCUGCCGAAAAACACCCGAAAGCAUGCAAAGGAAACACACCAAGUACCAGACACCAAUGGUGUAAACACAACCUUUAUACUGAUUAUACAGCAACAACCCCAGACACUGGAGUCACGCAGGAGUUCUGGCUAAACAUAGACCAAGCCACUCUCGCACCAGAUGGACGUCCACGCUGGGGCCUCACCAUCAACGGAUCCCUCCCAGGACCAACCCUCGAAGUCAACUGGGGCGACACAGUGGUCAUCCACCUCCGCAACAACCUCCCUAAUUCUGUCCGCAAUGGUACAAGUCUACACAUCCAUGGACUCCGUCAAUACUAUACAAAUCCCAUGGAUGGAGUCGUAUCCGUCACUCAGUGCCCCCUCGCACCAGGUCAUACCAUGACCUACCGCUGGCGAGCAACACAAUACGGCACAACCUGGUAUCACUCGCAUAUUGGACUGCAGACUUGGGAGGGUGUAUAUGGAGGUCUGAUUGUCCAUGGCCCGGCUAGCAGCAACUAUGAUGAAGACAAGGGUGUGAUACAACUCACAGACUGGGAUAUCAACACAGUCGACCAGCUCUGGCGUGGGGCGGAAACAGGUGCCUCGCCGGUGCUUGAUAAUGCCCUGAUCAACGGCGUCAAUAUGUUCGGGAAAGAUGGCGAUCCUGGUCAAACGGGGUAUCGGUUCAACACUUCCUUCACGACGGGAAAGUCAUAUCUGCUCCGUGUGACAAAUGUCGCGUGUGAUACGCAUUUCAAAUUCAGUAUAGACCACCAUACAUUGACGGUCAUCGCUAUGGAUCUCGUUCCCAUUCGGCCGUACAAUACAACGGCUGUCAAUGUCGCAAUUGGUAAGUUUCUCGCUUUCAAUUCGUCCGCACGUCAAACAACCCAAGCCCUACUUCUAUACAACCCUCAGAUGGAAUACCUAAUCAUUGCCCAUGUCAUAACAGGUCAACGCUACGAUGUAAUAGUCCACGCAAACCAAGUCUCAAAAGCCAAUUCCUUCUGGCUCCGCGCCACACCCCAACUAGCCUGCUCAUCCAACAGCAACGCCGACAACAUCCGCGGUAUAAUCUACUACAACCGUCCACAUUCCCAAAAAUCAAACCCACCGCUUCCCCUCCCAACAACAACGCCCUACAUCUUCCCAAACACCUGCGAAGACGAACCGGCCUCAAGCCUCAUCCCCAUAAUCUCCAAACCCCUAGCCCUAACCUCAAAAUCCAUCUUCUACAACUCCACCCUCCCAGUCACAAUCGCCCAAGACAACCACUCCCUCUACCACUGGUACCUAAACGGCACCUCAAUGCAGGGCAAAUGGAACAAUCCCACCCUCCUAAACCUCCCCACCAACCGCGCAUCCCUCCAAAUCCCAACCCCCAAUAUCUGGGUCCUGGUCAUCAUAGAAACAACAAUGAAUAUCUCCCACCCAAUCCACCUCCACGGCCACGACUUCCUAGUCGUCGCGCAGGGUACUGGGUCCUGGACUGGAUUUGGAUCGUCUACAUCGAACAUGCACUCACUAGAUUUCGCAGCGGGGGAAUUACCUAAACGCGAUACAGCGCUGCUUCCGGCGUCUGGAUAUCUCGUUCUCGCGUUCCGGUCGGAUAACCCCGGUGUUUGGUUGAUGCAUUGCCAUAUCGGGUGGCAUCUGGAUCAGGGGUUUGCGGUGCAGAUUGUUGAAAGAGCCGGGGAUGUGGAGAGGCUGUUUGGACUUGGUGUGACUGGGAUGAAUGGUUGGGGUCGGGAAUGGAUCGAGGAGAACUGUGCUGAGUGGGAGAGAUACAAUGAUCGGGGAUCUCCCAUUUUGGAGGAUGGGGCAGGGGUUUAG